GAAGUGCCCCAAUACCUCACGAGUCGCUUCUAUAACACGCGCGAACUGGAUCUCACGGGCUCGCGCGUGCGGGACGUGGCCGACUUGGUCAAGCGCUUCGUUCUGCUCGAAUCGCUCGCAGCGCCGGAGAACGAGCUGGUGGUCCUGCCCGAUUCCCUCGGGGAUUUGAGGCACUUGGAAAGGCUCGACGUGAGCGGGAACCAUUUGCAGGAGCUCCCGGAUAGCCUGCUCAAAUUGACCGACCUCUUGAAGCUCCACGCGACGGGGAACGACCUGACCGCCGUUCCCGACUUGGGACCACUCACAAAGCUCUUGGACCUCGACUUGUCGAUGAAUCAGAUUCAUGACCAGCCAGAAUGGCUCGACAAGCUGACAUCUUUGAAAACCCUGGAUUUAUCCCGCAAUCUCAUCGACGGAAGGUUGACGUCGGCCGUCUGCGCGCUCGCGGAGCUGGAAACGCUCAAGCUCCGGCGCAACCUCCUCGAC